AUGACUUGUGAGCAGGCCUAUGGCUGGUGUGUCGGGUUUAGUGGGAUGCUCCAAAGUGGCAGGGAGGGGCGGCUCGGAAAGUUGUGGCAACGCCUGUUAAGUAGUGUAUGUAGUGAGGAGGCCCUUGCAGAGGCAACAAGGGGACCCAGGGUGGCUUGGAAUCCCUAUAGACCUGCGCGCGGUGAGCACCUCCUGCAAGGCAUUUUGAAUAGUGAGGUGUAUGAAUGGCGUUCAGCAGUAGCUGUCAACUCGUUGCGCCUUCACGGAACGGCACUGUCAACGGAUGGUUUACCGCAGAGCCCCUUGAAUACAGCGCAUAAUAUAAAGUUCUUUCAUUUAGAGGCAAACGUCAGUGGAAUUACGACAAAUGGAUUGUCCAGCGAUAGAACUGCUGCCCAGUGCUCAGGGCGUACUGGACCGUCGUGCGACAUUGAAAGUGAACCAAUUGAAGGGAUGUGCAAUGGAAAUAACAGAGAAAAUAUCCGUCGCUCCACAGAGCCACAAGAUGUGAUAGAUGACAUUUUUGAGGUUCUUUGGCGAACAUUUGCAGUGCCGUGGAUUAUAGAACGGCAUGCUUCCGGACGCCAAUUACGGCGGGAAAAGAGGGAGCCUGAGACGCAUGAUAAUUCCACGGCAAUAUUGAGUUUCUAUUGUGCGGAUCCUGUGAAGCGAUUUGCAGGGAAGCCCAACAGAAACAACGACCUUGUACCCAACCGCCGAAGACCAACCACUGGGCCUGCAAUGCGUCGUGGCGGGACAGAGAGACAGGCUGCCCCGGCACUGCCUGACGAUAAAAAGACGCCGUUACUUCUUUUGCACACGGGGGCCUCAUUGAAAAAGGAAUUUGUCGAUGUGGUACGAGAGGAGGGACAUCCUGUGGCGGUUGCGAGACAAGGAGUUCACUUUCUCAAUGAGGUGGGCCACUCCCCAAAGCAGAAACGAGUGAGUUCAUUCAGAUUGUCCGUAUUGGCGUCCUCCGGGAAUGCUGAGGCGGAGAGGAGGCGGUCGCUGUUACUGGGGAAACCCACCAUUGGGAGGCCAACGCUUCACUGCAAGGGAGACCACCCCUUUUCCAGUGUCCUGCAUCCACGUGACAACUCAUCUCCCGACCGCAGACAUUCCCCGAAAGGUAAACAAAAUAGCGUUUUUGCCAAGAAAUUGGACAAAGGGGCCCAAAAUGUACGUGCCUUGUCCGGCUGUCGAGGUUGCAAGUUGGCUCCUUUACCUAGAAAAGCAAGAGUUUGUUCACCAACGAUUAUUAAACAACAAAAUGAAGAGGUGUAG